AUGAUUUUAUUUAUGUGUGAAGAAUAUGUGUUAAAAUUGCUUCAAACCUGUUUAAUCUUGACUUUGUAUAUUACAACAAUCAAUCAUCAUUACAAUUUACAAAAAGAAAUAAUGCUAUACAAAACCAUAGAAAUUAUACCUUAUUGGAUAUUUCAUCUGCCAUUGUUACAUGGAAUUCGUCAUCAGCAGAAUUCCACUUAUAAAUUACGAAAUUACAGUCAAUAUCAAUACCAACAACAACCAAGCGGUUAUCAAGUUAACAAACAAUAUAAAAAUACAGAACAACAAAAGUUUAUGAAAUUUGGACAUUUACCGUCAACAUCAAAAGUGGUAGCACGACAUGUCUUAUUAAACGAUGAUUCAGUUGCUACUAUCACAAAUCAACCACAUGCUAAGUAUACUGAAUUUGAAUCGUAUAACAAGGAUCUUUCGAAAGUUUAUCAUCAUUCUAAGAAUUUAUCUAUCUAUUAUUUACCAAAUCAAACAUCCAUGAUGAAAACAAUAAGCGGAUAUGAAGUACAUAGAGAUUGUUAUUUGAAUACAGAUGGUAGACAAGAAGUCCCAUGUAUAUUAAAUCCAUAUCCAUUAUAUGAAAUGAUUAGAAAAUUCCCCAAUGUAGAUAUACAUAAAUUAUACCAUAGUUCUGAAAUAAGUUUAUCUCAACCUUUCAGUCAUAAACAGAAAUUAAUUAAAAUGUUAUUAACUUAUGAAACUGGUGAAAAUGCUUAUCUUCCAUGUCAUACGUUAGGUGCAGAAGACAGUGAGACAAUUAUCUGGGAGAAAGGACAAAAUCCUUUAUUUGUAUCUACAGUUAGUUUCAUGCAAGAUUCUAGAUUUCGUUUAAAUAUUAGUGAUGAAAAUUAUUUCAACAAUGAAACUAAUCAUUUCAAUAUGAAAACAAAAUAUUUCAAAGAAUACAAUGAAAAAUCUAUAUUAAAAGGAAAUAAGUUAUCUUAUCAAAAUUAUUUAGAUAAAUAUAAUUUUAAAAAUAAUUGGAAACGUCGUCGAUGGGAUUUAAUUAUUGACUUUGUAACACCAACCGAUUCAGAUAUUUAUACAUGUAUGCUUAUGGGAAGAACAUCACAAAUGAUUAGUUACCAUGUAAUUGUAAACGAAUCAGCCUCUAGAAUCAAUUACAGUCGAAAAAGAUUAAUUACAAUAUCAUCUCCAACCUUGAUUACUAUUGGAUCUGCAUUUAAUCUCACCUGUUCGGUGUACGUUACGAAAGAUAAAUCAGUCAAUAUAGCAAUAGACUGGUUCCGACCAACUUAUUUAAUUGAAACAUCUUCAAGUCGACCUACGAUAUUGAUUAAUCCACAAGUACUAAACAACAUUUUAUCUAUGCAAUCAGAUUUAAACUCACACAAUUCAAAGUACAGUAAUAUCAGUAAUAUAGUUGGUGAACUUGCUUAUUCAUUUCAACAAAUCACCAGCAGAUCAUCAGUCGGGAUAACUAUUUAUAAACAAGUUACCGGUGAAUUAAAUUAUAACUAUCGUAGUGAAGUGCUUCUUACUGUACAGUCAGCCAGAGAAAAUGAUGGUGGUAUUUAUGAAUGUAGAGUGUAUGAAGCAGCAAAUUAUGGACAAGAAAAAAUCAUAGACAGAGCAUUUUUAGAUAUUAUAAUACGCAAAAGAUAUCCUCAUAAUUCAUUUGAACAAAUCGAAGUAAAUACAAAACUUAGAAAACUUUUAUCAGUAUUUUGGAAAUUAAAUCCUUCUCAGAAAAACUAUGAUAAUUUACACGAUCAACAUGCACAAAAUGAUGUGGCAUCCAGAGUUCGAGCGAAAUAUGGAACACAGAAUAUAAGUCAAGAGAAAGAUCAUGAACUUAGAUCAGUGGAUAUUAUCAAUAAAUUUUUCUCAAAGAAAAUGAAGUAA